AUGUGGAAACGGCUAGACGGCAAGGAACUAGAAUCCAAUCAGAUAUCAGACAAGGAUAGAAUUGAAAAUAAGACCGACACUAACUCAGAAUCAAAGCCGCCAGUAGCAGUGCAACCGGUUGUCAAGAAAUUAGACGUUCCCAAUCUCUUACGGCGGGGUCCCAAACGGCAAGAUAAGAAAACCAAAGCACCGUAUCCGAAUCGGAAGAAGGGUGCUGAUAGCUUUCAGCUUUUUGUGGGCAAUCUGUCUGCCGACGUGACGGACGACAAGUUGAAAGAGGUGUUCAGCCAGUACAAAUCGCUGGUGCAGGCAUUUGUUGCCAGAGAUCAAAAAGAAAAACCUCGCGGGUUUGGCUUUGUUGGAUUCACAAGCCCAGAGGACUACUUUAAUGCCUUCAGGGAGAUGAACAACAAGUACAUUGGCAGCAAACCGGUUCAACUAAAGAAGGCUAGGCGCUAG